UGCUGGGUAGCUGUGACGUCACACCAUGCCAUCAUGGCGGGCACCUGCCGAGAAAGUUGCGAAAAGUUUUUGGAAAGUUUUGGGCUGAGUUUUUAUUGAAUUGUUUGAGUGUUUUAGCGAUGGAAUAUUGGAGUAACGUGGCUCUGUGGAGUGUUGAAGCAUUCUUUACAUGAAAAAGACAUCUCUACACGCGAAGUUCUUCCCAAUUAUUGACGAUUUCAAUUUAUUUACUUUUACAAGAAGCAAAAAAAAAAACCUUCAAAUUUUUCUGGAAAAGAAAAUCCUGGAAUUUCGAACCAACUUUAUGGAAUUCAAUUCCCAAACAUCACUCCAAGAACUCAGCAACGAUGGUGGUAACUUGUUCUGCCUUCAUAUGACUUCAUAAUUACAAUAUAACGACAAAUGUUAAAAUAAUUACUGUUUUUUUUUUUUUUCUGGUUUUUGUAUUUGUGUCUGUAACUGGGAAGGGUGUUGCCACUUUGACCAACAAACUCGUAUAUUCUUGCAAAGAACUUUGUCAAACUGUGAAAAAUUCCUUUUGAGAAUUGGCAGACUUUUAAAACUCAAUACUGACUCCUUUUUUUUUAAACUCAACCGCAGAAGUAAAUAUUCCUUGAAUAUCUUUAACCAAAUCCGGUUGUUUAUCGUCUGCAGUAAUUCUUCCUUCACUGCAUUCGGAUCUGUGAUUAAUUUUAAUUUUAGAUUUUGUAAAUUUUUAUUAUAUUAACCUUUCGUUUUUUUUUUUUUUACAACUGGGUGGGCGUUAUGGUUGAUGGACGGGUGAUGGCUUUUAACCAUGGACCAUGGAUAGAUUCCGACAACUUUUGAGCGCUUGUGAACAUGGCGAGGUUCACGUUAUCCUCAGCCUGUUGGAUCAAGGAUUCGUACAGGUGGACGAUGUGGACGACGAUGAGAUUACUGCCUUACAAAUGGCAGCAGCGAACGGCCAAGAACAAGUGGUUCGGCUCCUGUUGAUGCGAGGAGCUGCUCUGGAUAAACCCAACAUGGCUGGUUGGACGCCCCUAAUGCAAUCCUGUCGACACGGCCAUACUAAUGUUGUGGCGUUAUUGUUACAAAACAAGGCGGAUUUCAAUGCUCUGAACCGCCUCGGCGCUUCUGCACUGACCAUUGCUGCUCGAGGUGGCCAUUUGCAGGUUGUACGGAUGUUGUUAGAUGCUGGGGCCGAAUAUAACAGACAUGGGAAAGACUGUGAGAUCACGCCGUUGAUGUCUGCUGCUCAGAAUGGACACGAUUCCGUUCUGAGACUUCUGCUGGACAGAGGAUACGAAGUCAACUAUCAGACGCCGUCCAAUGGCCUUACAGUUCUAAUGGGAGCUGCUCAAAACGGACACAUGACCACUGCUCAGGUGCUCAUCGAACGAGGCUGUGAUCCGAAUUUGACCGACAUUAACGACCGAACUGCCCUGGAAAUGGCGAAGAUGCGCGGAAAGCGAGAAGUUCACGGCUAUUUAGAUCGAAAAACCAAAAAUAAACCGAAAGUUUCACCAGAAGAAGUGAAACCUGACAUCAUAACUGCUUCGAAACAAGGUGAUCUUGAACGCAUUUCCCAGAUUCUGAGAGAAGAUAAGAUCCAAGUUGAUGCUUGUUCGCCCCAGGAUGGAGCGACGCCUCUCAUGUUUGCUGCCAUGAUGGGACGGUUGGACAUUGUCCGUCAGUUGGUUGAGAAUGGUUGUGACACCAACAAACAAGACACCAUCAGUGGUUGGACAGCAUUGAUGCAAGCCACCUACCAUGGACAAAAAUCCGUUGCCAUGUUUCUCAUCAACGAGGCCAAAACCGAAGUGACGGUUCAAGCGAAAAACGGAUGCACAGCCUUUGACAUGGCCUCUCUACUCGAUGAUGUCGACACGGACUUACUUCGUUUACUUGCUGAGAAGACAAUGAAAAUAACGAACCAGCGCCAGGGCAAGAAAUGGGCCAAACAGAAUGGCACAGUUCAAGACUUCAGCGAAGAACACUCACAGAAUGGAUUGAGAGCCUGGUGGAGUCGUAUGUCAAACCGUUUCCGUAACCUGAAACUCGGUCGCACCUACAGCACCUCUCAUUACUUUGCAACGGGACCGUUCCAGCCUGAUACGGAUGUUGCCAUGGGAGACCAGCAUGGCCCUCCCUCAUCUGCUUUACCAGCUCAACAGAUGGUUGACUUCAAUAGUUACGAGAUGAUUCUUCAGGAAACUAAACGAAGUGCAACAAUGUGUACUCAGGAUCUGAGCACCCCACAUUCCAACUCUUGUGACACCCUGAAACCAGUUAUUCCGCCAUUCCUGCCACAACCGACGUUUGGUCUGGACAGCACUGACCACACAUCACGUAAACUCUGUACUGGACGCAGGACAGCACCCGUCUCUCCGGUCCUCAUGAACUCAACAACACGAUCCGGCCGAUCCGUCGCUUGUCCUUCCAAACUGCUCCACAAUCGAUCGACAGGAAACCUAAACAUGCAUCACCAAGUGAACCCAUCAACACCCAUGAUGGCCCCAGCCUCUCGCUAUUUUCCUUCAAGUCCUUCUCUUGGAAUCACCGGUUCAACAACUGCUACAAUCAUUCCUGGUUACAAAAAGCAUUUGCCGUACCAGUUUACAAACAACCCCAGUGCAUCUUCUGUCCCUGGGCCGACGUCUGCUGCAGCAUAUUCAAGAGUGGCAAUGUCUAAUCGUGUGGCGGCGGCGGCUGGAGAAUUUAGUUCCCUUGGGUUGUGUGCAGAACAAGGUCCUGUUGGCAGCCCUGUAUCAGCUUCUUCUGCUGUUGCUGUUCCUAGCUCAGAGUACCCCCCAACUGAUGUAAACCUUGCCUGGGCAAAAUGUGGACCCAAUCCGGCAACUUAUUCUCCAGCUCAUCGUUUGUACAGUGGUAAACUUUCAAUGGGUUUAUCGGCGUUUCGCAAUGCAUCUAACACUACCUCACCAGACAGUUCUACAAGUGGCAGCUCCUCAAUGACCCCACAACGAUCAUCUCAUGGCCACAGUACAUCUACCUUAACACCUUCAGCUUCUCCAACACCUGGCAAGACUGAAGAGGAGGUUUAUUGUGAAGACAAGAAACAGAUCGGAUCCGAAGAUGAAUUAUCUGGAAUACUCAAGAAAUUAUCUCUGGAAAGAUACCAUCCGAUAUUUGAAGAACAAGAGGUUGACAUGGAAGCAUUUCUGACGCUCACCGACCGAGACCUGAAAGAGCUUGGAAUCUCACACAACGAAUCUCGAAGACAGAUUCUAGCAGCAAUCACAGAACUGGAAACAGGAAAAGGUCGUGAAAGACAACAAUUCCGGGAGACUUUGACAUUGUUUCAAAAAGCUCAAAGCUUAACUGAAGACUUGAACUAAACAGUAUUGUGAAGAAAACUGCCCCAUUAUCAAGAAUCUCAGGCGUUUCAUUUGCAAAGUACUCACGUUAAUGCUUUUGUCUGGAAAAGAAGUCACAAAUUCAAGAGUUAAUUAUUUCCACAAUUAACAGAGGCGAUUAACAUUUCAGUUUUCAAAAUUUAUCAAGAUUUGAGAUUAUUUAAGAAAGAAUAUCCUCUAACCUUAGCUCUUGGGUUCGUUAUGUUAGAGUUGACCGACUGAAAUAUUCCUGUGAUGGGAAUUGGGCAUCAGUUGGAACGCUUAAAUGGGGGUUUCAAAUUAACACUUAGAGGGGUCACAUUUAUGGAAGGCUGUAUGUAGAUGUGGCGGUUUUAUAUCCCAAAGAAACGGUCUCGGAUCAAAAGGCACAAAAAUCAAAAGUAAAAAAAGAAAAACUUUUACACUUCAUUCACAGGUUUUUUUCCUUCUUUUUUGAAACCAAUUCUCGUCAAUUUGCAUUUUCUUAUUUUUUUGUAAUAUUCUUUAUAUUUCGGUAAACUGUUACCUUUCUGUGAUUCAAACAAUAAAAAAACAACUUUGUGCCAAAGAUGAACUAUUCUGGGAAACUCACCAGGAUUUGCUAUGUUAAUUAGCAUUCAACUCUGAUCAAUUUUCUAAAUAAACUUGUAAAUUUAUGCAAAA